GACUCCUGAAUAUCAACACCGAUACGCACGGUACGGCUUCUGGACAUUGAGUUGACAAAGGGGACGACAAGAAGACGGUCGCUACCAUGACCGGGGGGACUCAGCCGGCGAGGAUGUCGGUCAUGCACGUCGAAGUGCCUAUGCAGGCUGCAAAGCCCGCUCAGUCGACCUCGGGUCGCUCUCACCAUACACAUCAUACGCACAAGAGUAAAGCUCCGACGGUCGUCAACGUCGUUGAAGAAGAACCGAAAGUGACCGUGGACGUGAGCGUACCUGCGGGACCCAAGGCACCUACUGUCGUCAGAUCCGAACGACCUAAACCGCCUACCGUUCGACCUUUACCCACGCGAGCUCCUAGUGUUCAUACGGUCGUCGACGUGGAAGCCGCUGCACCUGUUACUAGCUUUGCAGAAAUCGUAGUGGACGAGAGGAGCGAACACGCUCCGGGGACACGAGAGGGGACUACGGUUAUCGUGGACACGCAUCCUCAAGCAGCAGCACCGGUCGAAGAGACUGUCGUCGAGGUCGUGCCAGCUAGUGCCGUACCGCCAACCAUCAUCGACGUCGAGACCCGGUCGAUCGCCCCUUCCCAUCACUCGCAUCAUUCGCACCACUCGCACCACUCGCAUCAGUCGAACGCCCUCGGGCUGACAUCGACCGCCGAGAUGCCUUUCCCCAUCCCCCGCCUGUCACAUCGAUCCCAUUCGGGUCAUCAUGGCGGGCACCACCGUCGAAGCCUUCACGCGACCGUCAAGAUCCCCAUGCAAGUCGGUCAACCCGCUGCGGCCAUGGCCAAAGCCGAAAGUCCCCCACACGCCGCUGUAGCAGAGAUCGGUCCUGCUCCCGCUACGCCUGAAGUGGUAGUAGAAGCUCCACAGGCAGAGACGGUGGUCGUAGCCACAGCUACAGCUCCUCCUGCUGUUACAGCCAGGGCGUCGAUCACGAACUCUCCACCUCGUGCGCCGACUGUCGUUGUUACUCCCCCGACGAUCGUCGAAACGAACGCGGGAAAAGGGGGGAAUAAAGGGAAAAAGAAGAAGAAGAAAGGGGGGUCCGUUACCGCAGAAGCUACCGUGUUGACGAACGUCACGGUGGCUGGGAGCGAUACCGACUACCCUCAGACGGUCGCGCAGACCAUCGUCAACCCUCCUCGACCGAUCAUCCAGAUCAUCGAGAUGCCAAGAGGCUCUUCGACUUAUCCUUCUUCCCACCAUCACCAUCAGCAUAAACACCACACGCACAAGUUCCCCCACCCGCCUUCUUCAGCCAGCUCGUUCCCUGCCGGUGUAGGCCCUCCCGUGUUCUUACGGACCGAAAAGACCCCAGCUCCUCCCAGCGUCCGCGGAUCACCGCCUUCUCAUACGCAUACGCAUACGGUCGUCCAUCAUCCAGGUCGGACGGAGCAGAUUACCGUACUCCCCGACGAGACCGAGAUCAUACGGGAAGUUCCUGCGGCGGACAAUAUGGGGAAUUCUCCGUCUAAAACCGGGAGAGGAAAGGGAUCUUCUUCGAACAAAGGAGGAUCGGUUCAUGGAGGAGAUACAGGCGGAGGAGGAGGUGAUGGGCACGUCGGUGGAGUGCCACCAGAGGUGACGGCCUCUCACCCCGCGCCUGGAGUGACGAGGAUCGAAGUCCGACCAGUCUUGCAGAACAGCGUGCCGGUAUAUACGGAGAGGGUCAUGAUGCGUGGUGGACCGGAAGAUGGGGUGGAUGGGUAUCCUGCUGGAAGACGGUUCUCGGAUCUAAGACCUAUUCCUAUAAUCGACUACCGGUCGUUCUUGCUCUCGCCACCAAUUGUGAGCCAACCAUUGCCACAGAUUCCCAACCCUGCACCUGGUCCUCCGACAGAGUUGCAGUCUCAGCACGACUACCUCGACCACCUCACGAGUCGGUCGAGCCACAAGGGAGGACAUCAUCGUAGGCGUUCGGGUCAUGACGAUUCCAAGAUGACAUCGUCGGGAGAUCACAACAACAGCAAGGACAAGGGGAAGAGCGAUGCCGAAGAGGAUUAUUACCAUCGAGGUAGCAGGAAACAUGGGGAUAGUCGGCAACGUCAUCGUUCUCACGAUCGGCACAGGCAUCAUCAUCAUGGAACCGAGACAUCAUCCGUGGUGCCUACUCCUCGACACGGGCGUUCAGCCAGAUCGACUCCGCAGACGGGGACUGGUGAUGAUCGUUCGCAUCAUCACCAUAGCAGUCACAGCCACCAUCGCAGCAGCCAUCAUCACCACGGCCAUCGCGACCCUCACCACCAUCGCCGAAGUGACGAGGAGAGCAUCCCCGUGUAUCGUUCAACACCGGAGAUGACCCCUCCGGCAGAUCGGUUUGCCAAGUACGCCUACCCGCCUAGCUACGAGCAGAUCAAGGAGAGGGAGGAGAAACUCAGCAAGAUGGAAGCGGAGAAGGCGGCUGCAAAGGCGGCGAAGGGAGCGCCGUUCCCACCUGGCGGGUAUCUAGCGAUGGGCAAUCAAAUGUAUAGUCGACCGCCGCCGCUUGGCAUGGGCAUGUAUGGCGGGAUGGGGAUGCCAGGUAUGGGGAUGAUGAGACCACCGUUCGGGAUGGGAAUGGGGAUGCCCUUUGGUCGGGGAUACUUUUGAUGAGUGACAGGCCUCCUGCUUGCGGUGCGAUGUAACAGCGCUCAACACCGUGCAGGAUGAAAUGUUAUCCCGUCUUAUGGCAUGGUAUACUGACUGGCAUGACUGCAUCGAACGCCGGAUCGCAUCUAGACUCCGAAUGGCAAGAAUGCUAUUGCGUUCUCAUCGGGCCGAGCGCCG